AUGGCCUCCUCGCUCACGGCGCAGCUGUCGCAAAUAGCGGCGACCUCGACGCACCAGCUUGAUUUGAAAGCCCAAAGGGUUGCUCACUCGAAAUCUUUGCUGUUUGAACAGAGGAAUGCGGUGUCCCAGAGCUUUGACACCAUUUACCAAAUAUGUUAUGAAGGCUUUCAGGAAUUAUGCGCACUGGAUUCACGGUUUGCGAGAUUCCGGCGUACGAUAUUUAACGAACAGAGCAAGACCGAGGAUAGGCUUGAAAUGAAUGCAGAACAAAAUAAAGAACUAGAUAUUGUUUUGGAGGAAUUCCUGGCACUUGUUGGUAGCCGCCUUCUACUGCAGCCUGCUAUCAAAUCGGUUGAGUGGCUUGUUCGUCGUUUUCGAGUUCACGAGUACAAUACCGAUUUUGUCUUACUCACAUUCCUCCCAUACCACACAACCGACUUAUUCAAGGUACUGCUGUCGAUUCUGCCUGAAAACCUCCCGCCCACUUUCAAAGUUUUAAACCCCUAUAGACGGAGUUUGACCUUGCCACCUCGACAUCCAAUUGUCCAUAGCGCCUCAACGAAUAAACUCUUUUUCUCUGCUCUAAAUAAUUAUGUUUUGCAGGUCAGCAAGGCUCAGGCCCAUUAUCAAGGGCUUCUAUCUUUUUGGGCUGGCGUCACCGCAGAAGCAGUAGCUAACAUGUUGGACGCCGCGAACUCUGGAAGACGAGAGGUGGAAAAAAGGAAUAAGGAAGAUGUUUUGCUCCAGAUACUUCCGGUGCUACAUACCGGAUUUGGACUACCAAAAGUCCCUGAACUUGUCAUCGGUUGUUACAUGCUCUGUGUUGUUAUCGCAAAUAAAACAUUGCUUGAAGAUAAUGUGUUGGACGGGCUCAUGGAGGCUGUCGCUGGAACUUGGACUCAGGAGACUCUCUUGGCAGGGUUGACAUGCUUAUCAGUCCUGGGGCAACACAAGACUUCACAGGAGCUUCCUCGGAAUGUUGUCAAGUCUAUCACUCGUUUCGAAAACUCUCUUGACAUGAUUGCUGAGCUCCGCACACGAUACUCUAUGACUGGAUUACUUCUUGGUUUGAUAAAUGGAUGCACCAAGGACAUUAGUAACCAGAAGGAUUUGACUUCCUUAAAGUUAGUUGACGACAUUAUACAGCGCGACAUUUUAGAGUCAGAUGCUUUAAUUCAGGCAAUGGUUACUAUUCUUCGAGCAGCCAACGAUUUGCAAAGGUCCGGCCUUAUGAUCGAAGAGAGUCGGUCAAUCCUCUCAGGAAUGAUCCAGCACUUUACUGAGUCAGAGUCGUUGGCACCUCUCCUGCAAAGUGCUAUUCGGGAAGCAAAAAUCGACCUCAAUGCACUAGAAAUCGGCCUUGAGACGGUUCUUGAAAGCAACCGAGUUCUGGUAGCCAUAGACGAUGUCAAUAUGGAAGAUUCUGAAGCCACCGUUGAAAAGGAGAACGUGUUUGCUGAGACCCUAGAAGCGAUUCCCAAAUCUACCAAGCACACUUCUUUUCUUGAAGAACCACAUUCGGCCAUUUUCAGUCAACUGGCACACGCAUUUGUUCUUGCCUCUGGGAACAAGCAAAAGCAAUCACAAUUUGUUGAUUUACCUAUUUUAAAACGUGAUUCAUCUCUGCAGGACACUUUGUAUCUCUCAUUCUUCCUGCGAUUUUGUUCUGGACCAUAUCCAUCUGCAAGCAGAGCAUCAGCUAUCCAACUUAUGACGGACUGUCUUACUGAGAAUGCCUCCGCCUGCUUUGAUAUGCAAGUGACUCUUCCAUAUAUAAUAUCGGCGCUCUGUGAUCCGUCGGAGAGGGUCCGAAGAGAAGCAGCUAGCCUGCUGGCCGCUUUUGAACGUAGUUGCGCAAAAAUCAAGAAAGAGGACGAGCACAAGCCCCAGCGUUGCUGGGGAUUCGAGACUCUCUACGGGAAUAGUGAGCUAUCCAAAUAUCUUCGGUGGCUAUCUCCACGAGACGUAUACAAAUUCGCCCGUCGAGUCUUAUUGCCUGCUUUGGAGGAGUGCAUACUGGACCCAGCCCAAAUCGGAAGCGUGUUGGAGAGUGCACUUCGUGGGAAACCUGCCUCUGGCACGGAUGAUACUAAAUCUCCUGAUUCCGAGCUGAAAAAAUCGGCUCGACUGGAGAUAUUUAUUUUUUUAUGUUCCCACACUAUUACCACACCCCUUUACACCGUAAAACUCCGUCUCCUCAAAAUUCUCAAUCGACUUGGGAAAGUUGGUUCAACUUCCCGAACCGAAGAACUCUAUCCCCUUCUCGACCAAUGGAAGCUGCUGACCAAUGACGAUGUAUCGAACAUCGUGAAGACAGAGCAAGUGGACAUCCACGAUCUGGAAGAGCAGAUUCUUGAAAUUGUAUCUGCGAAGCGCAAGAACGCAAUUGAUAUUCUCCUGUCAUCUGUUACAUCAUUUAACACCCUAAGGCCGGCUUUUGUACAGGCUGUUUUCAAGCGUCUUAGGGAGAUCUGGCCCUCACAGGAAGAUGAUGGUGAGGCCAGUGCUGCCGAUUCAUUCCUCCAAAUGUCUUUAGGACUCUCUCCUGGAAAUGAAGAACUAUCCAAUCUGUGCAGAGAUCUCCUUCGGACCGUUGACCUCUCGGGUCCCAUACUAGUCCGCUUCCUUAACAAGAUCUCUACUGCUAUCGUCGACACGGAACCGCAGGCACCUGCUGCGAAGCGACGGCGGACAAGCCAAAACAAUAUGGUCGCAAUGGGCACAAGAGACCCAAAGGAAUUAAGUCAGAUUAUUGGGAAAAUCACGUUUAUCCUAGAACUGGUUGACGGGUCAAAUCCGGAAAAUCAUCCUCGUCUCUUCGGCAGUCUGUUCCAAACUCUUGCAGUCUUGCAUCACUUGAAACUGCAACUUCAGGCAGAAAUGAGCUACCUCCUCAGUCUUGUUCUCGGAAUCAUGCUUGCUAUUGUAAACAAAGCGAAAUUGAUUCCCAAACAUAACUUGGAUACCACAGUUAUUCGCGCGGACAUGAUCAUUGACUGUAUUCGCACAUCCCAGAGCCCGCAAGUCCAGAACACCGCGCUAUUGCUGGUAGCAGGGUUAGCUACAAUAUCUCCGGAAAUCAUCCUUCAUAGUGUUAUGCCAAUAUUUACGUUCAUGGGGUCAAAUGUUUUAAAAAAGGAUGAUGAAUACUCAGCUCUCGUAAUCGAUCAGACAAUCGAUCAAGUGGUUCCUCCUCUUAUACAAUCCUUACGCAACCAAAAGCGGGACGUGGUGUCCGGUACAUCAGAACUUCUUCUCAGCUUCACUGCUGCAUUUGAACAUAUUCCGUCACACCGUAGAUUGAGACUCUUCGAAGCGCUGAUUACAAAACUGGGUACCGAAGAUUUCCUUUUCGCUGUGUUUGCUAUGCUUGCGAAUAGAUACGGGACAGAUCGUGAUGUAUUAGGGUUGAUGACUUCACUUGCAGCGAAUACCGGAAUAGAGCUACAGCUCAACUCAUACACCAAGUACCUAAGCCUUGCUCAGGACGCGUUACUUCCCAAACCAAACCUUUCUCGUACUCUUCUUGGAGUUGGUGGCGAGGAUGGCCGAGAUCCCCCCAGAAUUGUGACUGAUCUAUUGCAAGCGUUGUCUCACCUUCUACAAAGCGCAUCUCUGAAAUCUCAAAUGACGAAGAUUUUCAGUUCUGAUAAUUCCAAUGUGGCUCCUAUUCACCAUCUCUUCUCUCGUAUCUUGGAACAAUUACUCGCUUUUUCUGACACUGUUCGAGCCAAUAAACCAGUUAGCAAAGCCUGCGGCGAUGCCUUGGGAUCAUUGCUGGGGAUAUUGUCAUUGGUUGACUUCAUUGAUACUAUCGAAGUUUUACUUCGACGACCUGAUGAUGACCUGCGUAGAAGAGUAUUGAGACUACUGGAAAGCAGGUUAAACCAGAGCCACGAGAGGGAUUCCGCCUCGCAAUCCAGAGUUUUGGCAUUUUUGCCAACCCUUAUCGGCAUUCUUGAGGGCUCUCCUGAUGUUUUGUUAAAACACGCCGCUGUUGCGUGUAUAGACAAAACAGCAGAGAAAUACGGAAAGAAGGAUCCGGCAUCAGUGGUAGCUGCAGCUAAAGCAGUUGCAGGCGAGGGUUGUAUUGGUCAACCCGAUGACCGCAUCCGUGUAAUCGGAAUGUUAUGUCUUGCAUCUGUCACAGAUGUCGUUGGCGAAGCGAUUAUCCCUGUCCUCCCUGCGAUGUUUUCAAGGGCCUUUGGGCUCCUGAAGGAUACCCUGGAGUCCAACAAGAAAAAUACACAAUUGCAUGAUGCGAUUUAUUCCCUUAUCUGUGCGCUUAUUACGCAUGUCCCGUGGAUGAUAUCGGAUGACCAUCUGAACCAUAUCCUCCGUUUAUCUUUCAAAUCAGCAGUUGCAGAUCUUCCUGAGGAAGCUGUCGAAAACCGCCAUGAGGCAUUGAACCUUCUCGCAAGGCGUGUUGAUGUUAAUGAAAUUUUCAAGGCCGUCGACAGUAAUUGGUCGUUUGCUUGCUUUGAAGGGCCUCAGGCUGUUAGCGAGUUGUUGGAGGUUACAAGUCUUUCUAUCGAAAAACACCCAAAAUCGUCAACUUUAAAAAAUGUACCUAUCCUGACCAAGCUGCUGGAAAAAGCUCUCGAUAUUCGUUGUACACAGUUCUCUCAGCCAUCCAAGAAUAGUUUCGGAGAAGAUGAUGUUAAUGACAUUGAAAGCCAAGUCAAUGACAUGGCGAUCAAGAUGAUUUACAAGCUAAAUGACACCGUCUUCCGCCCAUUGUUUGUCCGAUUAACAGAGUGGGCAACGGGCGGUCUUUCGAAAUCCGACGGUUCGGGGAGGUUCUUGAGACUUACCACUUUCUACAAGUUCCUUGGGGCCUUUUUCAAUACUCUCAAGUCUAUCGUUACUAGUUACUCGAGCUAUAUCAUUGAGAGCACAGUUGAAAUCUUGAAAACUGCACGGUGCAAUGACAAAGAAACUAGACAUUUGUGGUUAGCUGUCAUGCAGAUGCUUCGCAGCUCAUUUGAACAUGAUCAAGAUGAGUUUUGGCAAUCCCCUACCCAUCUAGCAGCUAUAUCUUCCCCCCUAGUCGUGCAUCUCUCCCAUUCUACCAAUCAAUUAACCCUCAAACUCAUCACCGCCGAAGCCAUCCCCACUAUUGUUGAACUUGCUGCCGCUGCAGAUUCGCCAGACAACCACAAGGAGCUCAACUCUGCCAUCAUGAGAUUCAUGCGUCCUGGCGAUAGUAGCACAGGUAAAAAUGUUGGCGACAACCCGUAUACUCGGCUUGCUGCUGUUAAAUGUGAAUUGAGCCUUACAGAGCGUCUAGGCGAGGAGUGGCUAGCACUACUACCAGAGAUGUUGCCGUACAUCAGUGAGCUGAUGGAGGAUGAUGAUGAAAACGUCGAGAAAGAGGCGAGGAGAUGGGUUUUGGCUAUUGAGGAGGUUCUGGGGGAGAAGUUGGAUGAUAUGUUGGUAUAA